AUGACACCUACUCUUUUUUUUUACCGUUACUACUCUAACCAACGGCCGCAGCAUGCUGCAGCAAGGUGGUGGGAAAAAAGCCCGCCGCCACCUGAGAAGCCCCAGCGGAGCAAUGGGUGGCCACCGGCUCAGGCGCCCACCAAAGCACCCGCAGAUGGGUUCACCUGCCGUGCCCCCGCCAUCGGCCCAGCGCCGCCCACUGCUUCGUAUCGGCUGGCCCGCCGGCGCAUGUACACGUUUCUUCUGCCCGGCCGAUUGGCCAGAGGAAACCCAGCCGGUCAGCGAAAGCCGUGCGGGAAGGCCUCUUCAGUGAGGCUCGGGGAUGUCGCGGAUCCCUCAGCAUGGCGCCAGACUUCGGCGCCUCACGGGGAGGAAAGCUGA